UCACAUGAUAACGCCAGCAUUUGCUGAGUCGACCUUUCCUCGUGGUCAGGAGGCGAUUUUCACUUCGUCUUUUUCAACUUUCUGGGCUGAAAGUAAACUUUAAAAUGGCAGAAGCAAAACCCAGCCUCCAUCGUGAAGGUACAAUGGUGGUGACUGCAAAGGAAGGUAUUGAUUACCUUGAGGCAGAGGGUAAAACCAAACUUUUAGAGAUGCAAGGACUGAAGGACCCAGAGCCUGUACAGAACUCACUCAAAAGAGACGGAACAAUGGCUGUCACUGCAAAAGAGGCAGAGCAGCUGCUAGGAAAAAACAAACCAGAUGAUGACGCAAAGACAAGAGGCCAACAGCAUAAGAUUGAGGAGAUAAAGGAGGAAAAGCCCGCUAAAAAAGGUCGACUAGCAAAGGGGGUCACUAUGAUUGGAACUGCAAAGGAAGCUGCUCAAUUGCUCGGAGAUGAGAAACCUGACGCAGAUGCCAUGACCAGAGGACAACAAAAGAAAAUUGAUGAAAUUACAAAAGAGGCUCCACCCACUCCCAAGAAAGCUAGAAUGCAAAAACAGGGUACAAUGGCAGCUACAGCCAAGGAAGCGAAAGACCAUCUACUAGGAAAGGAAAAGUUAGGUGACACAAGAGCUGAGACAAAAGCUAAAAAAUCCAAACCCAGUGCCCCCAAACGGUCUACUACAAUCAAAAAGGCUAUUGAAGAAGCUAAGUUUGUUGUUCCCGAUAUAAAUGUUAACGAGGGAAGGAAGUUACGAUCUGCUGACAAGAAGCCUGCAAUGAAACGUGCAGGAACAAUGCAGACAACGGCAGCCGCAGGGAAAGAGUUCCUGAACAGGUCCAAGAAAGCCAAAAAAUCUGAAGAACCCAGUGAAGAAGAUUAGACAGUCUUGUGGUUGCUUCUGACAUAGGGCAGGUGGAACGGAGGAGAGACCUCAGCCUGGGGUGUGUGUUGUGGAGAGAUGGUUAAAAUAAUAUGGCAGCAUUUUUCUCCAUUUCUUUAAUGGAUAGAAAUAAAAAUCCUCCUGAUGCUUUUCAUAUUAAUAUAAUAUCCUUUUUUUAUUUUCCAAGGUAGAAUAAGUUUUGAUUAUCAAAUACUAUUUUGAAUUUUUUUCAAGAGAUCAAGAAUGAUUUUUUAUGAGUCUGGAAUAAUGUGUUUACAUAAGUAAUAAUGCUUGCGAGUUCUUGUCAGCAUAAAGGUACCUUAUUUGAGUUUCAUUAAAACUGCCUUUGAGCAUUAUGUGUGCAUGUUUGGAUUUACUUAUUAGCUGACAUGACUGAAAAAGAUCAAAUUGAUAGAGCCUGCUGCGCCAUUCACUAUCUUUGUAUAGAAGCCAUUCAUUUAUUGUAUUUUAGCCACAAAUUUUGUUUUGUCAUGGUAUAGAAAAAAGACUUUUUUUAUCAAUGUACAUCAAAAUUACUGUUCAUGAUAUUAAAUGGUAAAAGAUUCCAGUGUUAGGCCACUUUUGUGUAUAUUGUUUUGUAAUUUUGUGUUGUAUUUGAUACAAUCUGUGUACAUGUUCAUUGAUUGGUGUGUCAGAGGAGAACUUUCUUGUUUAGAUAAUUUUCUUUGUUUAUGAAAAUUUUAUAUCAUUUAUAUAUCAAAGUGUCAUUUAUGUGUAUCAAAGCAUUUAGAAGCUUACUAUUAUACUAUAUCCAGUUAUUAUCAGAAAAUUACUGCCAGAAAAUUCAAAUACAUGUACACUGUACAGUCAAGUAGUUGGGACCAAAAGCAAGACAGAUCCGAGAACCCCCCCCUUUUUUGAGUUGUUGUAGAACUGAUACCAACACGAAUAAGUUUAUUUACAAAUACUUGUGAUUAAGACUUUAAGAACAAUCCUUAGCCUUUUAUGGAUUUAGUAACUUUAUAUUAUAUAGUAUAUUUACAAGUACAUGUAAUGAACGAUUUCAAAAUAAACUGUAGCCUUUAUCGACAAAAGUUAAUGUUUUUAAAAAAGUGACAAUGUCUGUGAUUAUUUCAGUUUGUAGUGCCAUGAGGAUCAUCUGUGUUAAUGUUUUAAAAUUUUGAGUGCCCUAUUUUAUUUUAUUUUAUAUUUUUAAGACAAACAAAUCUAUUUAUCCCUAUAUACAUAGUUUGUAAGGUCUCGAUGUAUUUAUCAGAACACCAGUGACAUCAUCUCUGUGUUGAUUUUUUUAUGCAAUCAAAGUUGAGCACACUUACUUUUGAUGUGAAGUUCUGUGCCAGAGGCAGUUCUCUCUCCCUUUAGGUGCUUCUUGUUUUUCUUUGUAGUAUGUGUGUAGAACAGUGUGUGAUUUUUAAGACACUGUACAUGUAUAUGUGUCGUUUAAUACUUGGUUUUGAAUCUACUAGCUGUUUAGUAACAAAUUCUAUAUGUAUGUAUGAACACAAUUUAUUAAAAACCCUGAUCAAAAUUUA